UCCGCUAAAUCGCGAUAUAAAUAUUCCUCGUAUUCGAUAUACCGCUCUUUUGAACGUUUUUCAACACUAUCUGCAUUUUGUGUAUAAAAAACAACGAAAAUGCCCGAAAGCGACGUGACUAAAAUGAAGGUGGCGGACCUGAAGCGCGAGCUGAAGCUCCGGGGCCUCACCGUGAAUGGCAACAAGACGGAACUCCAGGACCGCUUGCAGACGGCGCUACUGGAGGGAGACAUUUCCCUGGAAGACUCGGCCAUAGCUGAUGCCAUUGACGACGACGAUGUGUCUCUAACCGAUGAAGAUGAGCACAAGCUGCUGGGAGUCGAGCAUGACGACGUCGAAGAUGAGCUGCUCAAGAGUCCAGUCAGCACUCCCACCACCGUCUCCGUGCCCGAUUUGCUGGCGGAGAAGGAGGAGACGUCGAGCGCAGCCCCGGCUGCAACAGCUUCUUCGCCGGCAAAGAAAAUUGUGCUCAAGCGAAACAAUUCCCUGACGGUCACAGGCACUGCCACAGGCUCGGGCACAACGACUUCCAAGGAGAACGAAGCACCCGCCGCAGCUACUGGCAAUGAGACUACCGGAGAGACCCCGAUCAAGAAGCACAAGCCCAUCGUGGUGGGACCCAGGACCGAAGGCGACAAGCCAUCGGUGGAUAAGAAACUCAGCGAGUUGACCGCUCAAGAGCGAUUGGAGCUGCGGGCCAAGAAGUUUGGCAUCACGACAACACCAGCCGCCGCCGCAGCAGCUUCGCCGGCAGCGUCAGUCAACAAAUCCUCGAGCGCCUCCAUAACGGCCAACAAGGGCAACAAGGAGACAGACGAGCAGCAGAAGGAGGCCCUCAAACGUCGCGCCGAACGCUUCGGAUGCGUGGUUCCCGACAAAACCCCCAAGGCUGCGGCCGACGAGCGAUUGCAAAAGCGAAAGGAGCGAUUCGGAGCUCCAGCUGGAACUCCAGCUGCAACAGCGACGCCUGGCACAACGGAAUCAAAGGACGUCUGGUCGGAGAAGGCACGCGCACGCUUGGAAAGAUUCAAAACCACACCGGUUGCAGCUGAGACCACCAAAUAGAAUUACCAGGAAUUAAUUUCGUAGGCAAGCAGAAUCACAAUUGUAAUAAUUUCUAUCGUUUAUGGACGAGCUAUCAAUCAUUCAAUCACGCAUCUAACCCCAAAGCCACCAAUGCUUGUAGCAACUAAGCAAAUGUUUAAUAAACGUACAUUUCAAUACUA